CAUUAAAUUGGUUAUUAAGAAAAAUUACAGUAUGCAAGUAUUCAUCUCAAGUGCUCUGAACGCCCUCCCACGCUCAUGCACACACACUUUCACACUGUCUUCUCACUCUACUCCAGUUAGUCAAUGACCAACGUGCAGAAGAUCACAGCAGAGGAAAAGAAGAUUUGACUAGCUCCUUCUCCACAGUGCGCAGCGUCUGCAGCCAAAUGCAGCACAUUCCAGCUCUUCACCAGCUUGUACGUGGAACUUCCUUUUGAUGGGGCAACACCAAAUUCCUGUCUUGAGGUUGGAGUUUUAAAGAGACGCACUGGGCAGCGCUGAUGUGAGAUCCAAAACGAGGAGACAUGUCUGCGGCUCAAGGACUUCUCAACAGCGUCUUCUCCUGCUCCUCUCCUGCCUCCAAAGCCAUAAUCAAACGGAGGCUACGCCAGACCCGCAGCCUGGACCCCGCGAUCAUAAGACAUUGUGGCACCGGCACCGAGGCAACAACUGGAGCACCGCUUUCUGGAGCGGCGGCUGCGGACGCAGGUGCGUCUCCGGAGCGCGUGGCUGUCAAACCAGCUUUACGCACUAAGAUUCCGACACUAAAGGAGCCCAUAACCCCGUCCCUCUCUUCUCCUUCCAUACCACUGGAUGUUUCUCCAUCCUCCAACUUCCACUUUGACUAUGAUACAGUGAAGUGUGCUAAAAGGAAUACCGCCGGGGAUUUACCGUUUCUGGUGAGGGGACCCGGUGCUGCGCCGUCCGGGAGCACCGGUACGCUGUUCUCCCCGCGGAGGUGGCUCCAGAGGAAAGUGCAGCCGUCCAGCUCUCACGCUUACGUUGUGUGGAAAUCAGAGGGUGAUUUCACCUGGAGCAGUCUGUCGGGGCGGAGUGUGCGUCUGACCCCAGUUGCCAUCCAGAGCCUGUCGGAGCUGGAGAGGGCCAGGCUGCAGGAGGUUGCCUACACCCGCUUACAUCAGGACUAUGACCUGGGAUGUCAGAUUACCAUGCCAAAAGCUCAGAGGCUUAAAAGCACAUAUGGACAGAAGAGGAAAAAGUCACUGAGGAGGAAGUUGGACUCUCUUGCAAAAGAGAAGAGUAAAGACAAAGAAUGCAUACCCCAGGCCUUCAGUAUACCGCUCUCCCAGGUCAUUGCUAAUGACAGAACGCACAGGCAGCGUCAGGACGGCUAUCGUCAGGACCCUCCACAGCGUGAGGAGCACAAGGACUCCUCUGACCUUGUCUCAUCCAUUUUACAGUUUGCCACCAAGCGGCCAUCCAAUAAGGAGUUAUCCAGCAGUAACUCUUCACUGAGUUCUACAUCAGAGACAGCCAAUGAGUCGACGUCACCCAACACCCCAGAAGCUGCACCACGUGCACGCAGGAGGGGAGGCAUGUCAGUGGACUCUAUCACCGACCUGGACGACAACCAGUCGCGCCUGCUCGAGGCGCUGCAGCUCUCUCUGCCCACCGAAACGCCCAGUAAAAAGGAGAAGCACCGGGACAAAAGGCUGAGCCUCAAUCCCAUCUACCGUCAGGUGCCCCGGGUGGUUGACAGCUGCUGUCAGCACAUCGAGAAAUAUGGUUUGCAGACUGUGGGGAUCUUUAGAGUGGGCAGCUCCAAGAAGAGAGUCCGACAGCUGCGUGAGGAGUUUGAUCGUGGCAUUGACGUCCAGCUGGAUGAGGAGCACAGUGUUCAUGAUGUGGCUGCUCUGCUGAAGGAGUUCCUCAGGGAUAUGCCCGACCCUCUCCUAACCAAGGAGCUCUACACGGCCUUCAUCAACACCACAUUGUUGGACCCAGAUGAGCAGCAGAAUGUUGCUCAGCUUCUGGUCUACCUGCUCCCAGCAUGCAACAGUGACACGCUCCAUCGCCUUCUGGAGUUUCUGUCCACUGUGGCCGAUCACGCGCACGACCGACAGGACAAAGACGGACAAGAGAUCACAGGGAACAAGAUGACAUCUUUGAAUCUGGCCACCAUCUUUGGCCCUAACCUGCUCCACAAGCAGAAGAACUCAGACAAAGAGUUCAGCGUCCAGAGCUCGGCCAGAGCUGAGGAAAGCACAGCCGUCAUCGCCGUGCUGCAGAGAAUGAUCGCCAGCUACCAAACCCUCUUCAUGGUUCCUCCUGAUCUGCAAAAUGAGGUGCUGAUGAGUCUGUUGGAGACAGAUCCAGAUGUGGUGGACUACCUUCUGAGGAGAAAGGCAUCACAGAGUCCUGACCUGUUGCCGUCAGAGGAGCCCUUCACCCUGAGCGAGCGCCGUUCCUCCAGUGAUUCCAACAAGGUAUCCAGUGGUGAGGUCUCUCCUUAUGACAACAACUCCCCGGUCCUGAGUGAGCGGAGAGGAGAACCAGGGAGCCCAGGUAGCGAGCAGCUCUUCCGUGUCCCAGAGCAGUACACUCUGGUGGGGCAGGUGGCUGGCUGGAGCAGAGAGCCUGGAGCAGCUGACACUUGGGGUACCAAAGACACUAUAUCAGAGGAGCAUGCUAACAUAUGGGGAACGUGGCACAGCACUCUAAAACCAGCAUUCAAGGACCAACCAUACACAGGUUCCCAUGGUAACAUGUCAGAAGGAAGCUCUCGCAGCUCACAGGAAGGUCUCGAUGGACUCCAUGCCGAUGGCAGGCAUCAGGCAACGCUACAACGGACUCAGACAGCACCAGGCAUCACUGAGUGCAGAUCCCACCCCCCGGUCAGCAGAGUGUGCACCAGCCCUCAUGUAGGGACGGGACGACCACGGCUGCAGCUGAACAUCAACCCCUCGGUGACGUCGCACCUCAACAGCACGCAAGGCCUCCAGCGAGCAAGUGGACACGGAAUUAAUCCGAGCUCCAGACCUCAAGGCGGGGUGAACAUUGCUGAUGGUGGCCCCGCUACGCUUAAUGACAGCCGCUUUCCACCCCCUUAUAAUGCCCACCAUCGACUGGCUAGUUCUCAAAGUUCGCCUCAGCUCGCAGCGGCUCAGCUGCCCCCUCUGCAGCAUGGGAGGUCCAGUGCGACGCAGAGUAACUCAGCCUCAACAACAGAGGCCCAAAUGGUGCCACAGAGCCCGGAGUGGCAGGACUGGCAGAGGGACCGGUGGCAGAUCUGGCAACUGCUGUCCUCGGACAAUGCCGACACACUGCCUGAAACGCUGGUCUGAUCUCAGUCCGUGAACUCCAGCUUAAUCUCUGUAGAGAUUCUGCUCUGCUGGCCAACCAAUGGCACAGUCAAACAACUCCUCCUAUUGACAAUCACCUCUCAUCCUUUCGCUAAUUUUUUUCUCUUGCCCUGCCUUUCAUCCAUUCAUUCAUGGAUUUCAUCCUUUCGAUGAACCUUCUGUGCUUCUCCUGCAUCUUAGCGCCGUGGUGUUGUUGUUUACGUGUGCAGCUGCUGCCUUAUAUGGACUUUUACAUCCAAGAGCCACUAGUAUUUUUUGUUUUGUAUGGAUGUUUAAGAGUUGCUUCUGUUGCAAGCCCAUAUGUUUUGUCCAUAAUGACUAAUGAGUUGUGAGCAUAGUAAAAAAUGCCCACCAGAAAUACCUCAAAAAACACAUUUUCUAUUCUGAGAGUUAAAUCUUCAUAUCUCAUUUGAGAACAAUAGGAAAGCACCAUUUCUUUAGUUUAUUAUAUUUUUAUUUGAUUAUUUUUACUUUCUUUAAAAUUUUCACCAUAAGACACUAAGAUGUACGCAUUAGUAAUUGCUGCUAAAUGUAGACUUUUUGUGUGCGUACUCUUGAUGUAGUUCAGCCACAUCUGUCUAAAAAGAUCAAAUGUUGAAUUAUUUUUCGUUGUCAGAUGAUGUUUGACUGUAUAUAUACAACCUGUUGACAAACAUACUUAUACAAUAUAUAUGUAAAUUGACAUGUAAAGUAUAUAAUUUGCCAAUCUACCUAAAAGUAAGUCAGCCCUUUAACAGGCAGUCAAAAUGUUGGUGUUUGUCAGACUGCUGUUUUCUGUCGUUAAUAUUGAAUGUAAAAUGCUUCACUUAUGGAAAAUGCUUAGACCUACUUUUAAAGCACUCGACUGUAAGUUUGCUUCUAUGUGCUCCUGCCACCUGCUGCACUGCAGGAUCAAUGUGCCAAAGUCUGUUUUUUUUGUUUUUUUUAACUUCAGGAUAUUUAUCGUACAGCUGUGUUCAUUUCAUCCAGUUGUUCAUUUCGAUGGACACUCAAUAGCUUGUGACAUUGUCAGGAAUGUCAUUGCCGCAGUAUAGGAGUAAGGAGGCUCAUUUUAAGACACACAAAGAUUUCAUCAUCAGGUUUGUGUGAGGAUCAUAUUUCCACCUAUUUAUAAAAUGACUAACUCAACAGUAAUUAAUUUAUGUGAAUGACGUGACAUUCAUUUUCUUAUACCUCUCAUGCUAGACUGAAUAUUCCAGCUGGAUUUAGAUUCAUUACCUGUCUAAAAGGCUUGAUGAAUUUUUCUAGUUGUCAUUAAAAUUCAUAAAAAAUUAAAUGCUCCAGCAGUGGUCAAACUGAGGUGCUUAAAAAAAACAAAAAGUGUCCUCAUCACUUCAAAUGCAGUGUUGUGGCAAAUCCACAUGGAAAUAUAUCUCUGAAUAUGCCAACAACCAACCUGUCAAAAUCCUCUCAAAUAUCACAGUCAGGUGGGUAUUUGCUGGCAAAUAUUUCACAUUUUCUCAAGUUAUGGUGUAAUAUUUGCUCAUUUGAAGCUACUUCAGCAUUAAAUCUGGGAACACACUGUAUUUGAUUCAACAUGUCUGUCAUUUGCUUGGCACUUGUAAAUUAUGUUGAGGAGAAAAUGGAAAAGUCUCAUAAGUGCAAGAAGUGGACAGACUCUGGUAAGAGUUAUGGCGCCAUCUAUUGUCAGAUCAUGUGCAUUGGCAUGCUGCUGCUUCCCAGAGUUCAGUGUCUCCAUGGCAUCCAACUGCGCUCAAUGUAGAAUCAAAGCUUCUGAUUAUAAGCACCUUCUGUGAAAAUGUAAAAAUCUGUGUGAGGAAAUAAAUGUGCCAUAGGUCUCCAUGCAUUACUCAAGGUUCAUAUUGUGAAUUUUUUUGUAUUACGUUGUUUUUUUCAUUGAGUGUUGUAAUAUAUAAAUACAAUAUAACAAUUUUUAUUCAUAAGAAGAAGAAAAAAAGAAAAAAAAAGGAGCAAAUAAUCCUAAUGGUCCUAGCUCUGUUUCCCCAAACCAAGACCAUGUUUGUCUUACUGACGUCAACUAAGAGAAACUUAGUGCUAUGGUGUUUUUUUGUUGAUAUUUUGGUGGGGUUCACUGGGUCCAAGUUGUAAUGGAAUAUCUGGUAAUUGCUUUUGUACUGCGUGUCAUCAUCAAUAUGCUACUAUGGAAUUAAAUAUGAUAAAGUUUA